AUGCUCGCAGAGACCAAGCUCUUGGGCAUGUACCUUGCGCUAAUCUGUUCCGAGCCUAUGCAGUCGAUUGUGGACGGGUGCAUGGUGUCGCCACGGCCGACCGUCGUGGCCGAUGAGGAGCAUGCGCUAAAUGCCCUGGGCAACGCCGACAUGAACCCCGGCAACGACGGCAUUAGUGGAGGACAAGAUUCCCGGAGCGGAGGCGCAGUUGGAGAGCAGGAAAUCCACGUGGCCGGCAUUCUUGCAGUGUGUCUCGGCAAUCUAGUUGAGGUGCUUCGGAAGCCCCAGGGUGUUGAAAGCGACGCGGUUGAGAGUCCGCCGCGGCAUUCUCUCGCUCUGCGUUCGCCCGACCGAACCACCUUGUCGGCAAUUCCCCGAGUCGGGACACCUCCUGCCGAGAAGCGAGCCAUUGUAGCAAUGACAACCCGCCGAGGUUCUCCCGGUGUGCAAGAUUGGGUCCUCAGCGUGUUGCAGUUCCAUCGAAUUUCGCUCGUCAUACCAGCGGGACGCGAGAAGUGGCAGCAGCGGCCUGGUCAAGCCAGCAGCUCGCUAGAAUCUUUAAAGUUUUAA